CUCUAGAUAUCAACAACACAAGACAACACAACAAUCUAAGCGGCGAAGUAAAACGAAUUAACAGGAUAAAAGACCGUUCUCUUUUAACAGACACAGUCAAUACAACAAGAUUGAAAUCAACUGCAACCAUGUCACCUAUCUUACUAAACAGUAUGGGGAAGGAACAUCAUGAUUACAUUAAACAGGAGUAUGUGAAGAACCCUCAUUUGGACAGCAUGGAGGAGGACAUCUUGUACCACUUCAACCUGAGCACCAAGACACACAAUCUGCCUCAGAUGUUUGGUGAUGUGAAGUUUGUAUGUGUUGGAGGAAGUCCCAAUCGAAUGAAAUCUUUUGCUCAGUUUAUCCAUGAGCAGCUUAAGCUGCCUGGCAACAUUGCAGAUGUCAGAGACAUCUGUGAGGGAACGGACCGAUACUCCAUGUAUAAAGUAGGACCAGUGAUGUCCAUCAGUCAUGGCAUGGGCGUGCCCUCCAUCUCCAUCAUGUUGCAUGAACUAAUUAAACUGCUGUAUCAUGCCCAGUGCAGCGAUCUCAUCAUCUUCCGCAUCGGCACUUCAGGUGGAGUUGGUCUCCCAGCAGGUACUGUAGUGAUUACAGAAAAAGCUGUGGACUCAUUUUUCCGGCCGCAGUUUGACCAGGUGGUUUUGGGGAAGAUGAUUGUUAGGAGCACAGAGCUGGAUGCAGAUGUGGCCAAAGAGCUGCUGAAGUAUUCCACAGAGCUGCCAGAUGUACCAACAGUCAUUGGAGACACAAUGUGCACCCAUGACUUUUACGAAGGUCAAGGCCGACUGGACGGUGCCCUGUGCUCAUUCUCUACUGAGGAAAAAUUUGAAUAUUUAAAAAAAGCAUAUGACAAAGGUGUCAGGAAUAUUGAAAUGGAAUCCACUGUCUUUGCUGCCAUGUGUCGUGUGUGCAAUCUCAAAGCUGCAGUUGUAUGUGUGACCCUACUGAACAGGUUUGAGGGGGACCAGAUUUCCACUCCUCAUGACGUUCUGCUGGAUUAUCAACAGAGGCCGCAGCGCUUGGUGGCCCAUUUUAUUAAGAAACGUCUUGGACUAAUGUCAUAAAAUACUGGAAUGAACUUCCAUAUUGUACAUACUGUUCAUAGUGUGUUUGUGUUAUUUAAAGGUUAUGUUCACAUUAAGCAUCACCUCGGGACCAGAAUUUUAAUAGUUAUUUGUAUGUUUUAUGACUUGUAAAUCAAUUGUGUGGUUUAAAUUUUACAUGUAUUUACAUUCUCUGACUUAGAAAUUACAUCUUCAUUAUUGAGGGUUUUCUUUUCUUUUUAGUAAAGUCAUGUCCACUAAAUGCAUAAUAGCCCGAUAACGAUGGCUCUUCACUUCACAGCGUUUUCUACAAGCGAUUUUACGGAUGUUUCUCAUCAUUUCACGUGUGUUUCCCAAUAAUAUUCGCACACAGGAAGUGUCCCUGUAAACCACGUUUGCACAUUGGUAUCGUCUGAAAGCUAAGGCAGCUGCCUCAUGAGGCAAUUACUUCAGGAGCAGCGUUUGGGCAUGAAGGCAGCUGAGAGACAUUCAUCCUGACAGUAACUCAAUUCUGUUUGAAAUAAAGGGAACUUUUGUGAUAACUAA